AUGGCCGUGUGGCGGUCGCGGCCCACGCCCAGCGCUAGCAUCGAUUUUGAAUGCAUCGCCACCUCGCAGGACGUUCGAGACCGCGGGUCCAUCUUCGCCCACGCAGUUCAUGCGCAUGUCAAGAACGUAGUACACGGGUCGAAGCCAGCUACACACGAGGUUGCUGCAUGGCGGUGUAUGGUCUUGAAACCGGGAAGAGCGGGCUGGGCGGUCCCGACGACUUCGAGUUGCGGACCGGCAGCGUGGACGACGCAGAGCAGCAUGCGGGAGCAAGGGCUGAAGGUCAUGCAGGAAGAGAGUACGAUCGACGCUGUGGUUAUCGUGAGCAGAUGGUAUGGAGGCGUUAUGCUAGGGCCUAUUCGCUUCGCACACUUCGAGACCUGCGCACGGGAGGUCUGCCGACCUUUAGAUCUAGCGAAAUCCACGGCGAGCACUUCGGACGCGGCACCCACGACGAAGAAGGCACCGAACUACGAUUCCCUGAAAGAGUCUCUGGACAUCGGCAGAGCGAAGCGGCUGGUCACUGCGAGGGAAAACGCAAUCAAGAGCGUGAAGGCUGCUCUUAAGAAACAGCAAGAAGCAUGCGACCGCAGCCCGCGCCGCACUGCCCACCGGUAG